AUACCUGUUUGCUACAUUAAUACCACCCAUACCACCCAUGUCCUGUUUGCCUGGCAUCACGGGCUCAACAGAUCACUUGAAGAGCUCACGUGGUCUGCGUCUACGUCACGUGCCUCAGUCAGUAGUCGCAGUAGGAGUUCUUCACGCAGGUACUUCAGUGCCGCCGCUUGCUGUAGGGAAGGACCUCCCGGCGCUUCAGGUCUGAGACACGUGUUCGCAAGAGAGGGCUACUAUUGGACGAAGAAGGCACAGAGAGAGAGCGAGAGAGAGAGAGAAUGCUUCUUGUGAGCUGAGUGAUUCUUGAUAGCAGUUUCCAAGUCUAACGAGUCACACGCGCUCGCAGGACUAGUGCAAGGCGAAGCCCGAGGCCUGCUGGCUGCUAUGAGGACGCAGCGCUGACCUCCCCAGCAACUCUUAUCUUCCUGGAGUCAGAUGAGCCGUGCCUCAGAUGGUGCCUAUGAUCGUGCGCGUGUACGGCGAGGCGGAGGACGGCGACGGAGUGGUGCAGCUCGCGGACGUGCCCGUCACGCCCGACACCACGUGCCGCGACGUCAUCGAGUGCUGCCGCGACCCGGGCGACGACCUGUGCGCCCUCGUCGAGACGUGGCAGGGCUGCGAGCGAGUCCUGAGCGAGGAUGAGCGACCCCUGGAGAUCCUGCAGGAGUGGGGGUCGCACCAGGACCAGGUCAAGUUCGUGCUGCGCUACACAGUGCUGCCUCCACCCACCAGGACUGGUGGGCGGCACGACACGAGAAAUGGCAUGAAGGAACCUGGAUUUUUUGGCGAGACGGUAAGUUAUGGUGAAAAAUUGGAAAUUGUUCUAUCGGUGUCUCUCCUGGUGCUGCCGGACGGAGUGGAGCUGACCCUGGGCGAGCUGCAGGAGAUGGCCACCAGGCAGCAGCACCAGAUAGACUCGCAGCACCAGCUCCUGGCGGCCAAGGAGCAGCGCCUGCGCUACCUCAAGCAGCAGGAGGCGCGCCACCAGCAGGUGGCGGCGGAGAACGAGCGGCUCCGGCGGCUGCGGGACCGCGUCGAGGCGCAGGAGCUGAAGCUGCGCAAGCUGCGGGCGCUGCGUGGCCAGGUCGACCACCACAAGCUCAACAACGCCUCGCUCACCUCGGACCUGGACUCGAUCCGCGCGCUCUUCAACGAGAAGGAGAAGGAGCUGUGCGUGGCGGUGGCCAAGGUGGAGGAGCUGACCCGCCAGCUCGAGGAGCUGCGCAGAGGGCGCGGCGUGAGGGACCAGCAGGCGGCGCCGUCGCCCGCCUCCUUGGAGCUGGACAAGCUGCGCCGGGAGCUCGUGUGCCGCAACAAGCUCAACGAGCAGCAGAAUGCGCGGCUGUCACAGCAGCGCGAGGUGCUGUCGCAGAAGCAAGAGGAGAUGUCCAGCAUCGACAGGAGGAUAUCCGAGCUGCAGGACCGGCUGCACAGGAAGCGACUCCUCAACCAGCAGCUGGCCAACCAGAUCAAUGCUGCCAGCAACAAGGCUGCGGUGCUGGCCAAUCAGCAAGCUCCUCUCAGGUCGGCUGCGUCCGCGACGACCAUCCAGCAGCAGGGGAAGGGCAAGCUGCCGAGGCCACUCACGAGCGGCAACAUCGCAGCCGUGGAGCCGUACCACCACGUGCCUCUGGGGGAGAACGAGAAGCUACGGCACGGCAACAACGUGGUCCAGUCGUACCCGGGGAAGCCCGAGGACCUGCACGCCAAGCUGAUUGGAGGAGGCCACAACGGCGACGCCCCCUCCCAGCUGCUGGGCCAGGACGAGGCCUUCCUCCCGGAGUUCGGCGGCAGCAAGUCCGACCCCAAGUACCAGACCCUGCCCUACAACACCAAGUUCACCGUCAACUUCGUCUCCAAGGUCGGCGGCGGCGACAAGCAGGAUGAUGCCACGAGGAACGGCGAGGCCAACCAGGUGGUCAAGAACAACAUUAACAUCUUGAAUAACAAUAACAACAAUAAUAACAACAACAACAACAACAACCCAAGCCAGCACCUGAUGACCGUACACAGCAUCCCGAUACCUGCGCUGUCCGGUGCCAACAAGGGCCUGGCGACUCCCCUCUCGAACCAAGGGCAGCAUCACGCAGAGUACCAGCAGCUCCCUCAGCCCAAGAUACCAGCGUCUCAUGUGCUGAGCCACCUCGCGCCCAGUGUGCGGGUGUUUGGCUCGUCACACCCGGCCUACGUGAGCCCGGUCCUGCAGCCGGGACUGACGAGGGGACAGCCGGUGGGCGGGUCUUCCUCGACGACCUCCUCCACCUCGUCGCUGGCCACCAAUAGCAGCAGCUCUUCCGGGGGACCGCAGGCUGGCGUUGCUACCGGUGGCUCUGCGACGCUGCAUGUGCCAGCCUCCGUAAAGGGCAGUAAGCCCCUGGGUUAUGGUGUUCUUCCCCCCACCCCACUAACUCAGGCCAAUCAGAAACCUGUGAGUAGCGUUGCUCCGACGUCUGUCCAACACCAGAAGCCUUCCCCCAUUUAUCAAACAUCAUCUACCAAGAUACAUCCUGUGCAGCCUCAGACUCUGAGCUCCACUUCACAGGGACUUCUGAGAGAGCUGAGAGGGGAGCUGUCUCCCCCUCAGGGCUCGUCCACGCCGCUCGGCACGCCGGAGUCCUUCGCAGGCUCCCAGGACAGCCGGCUGGGGAAGCCGGCACUGCCGCCCAAGCCUGCGCUGCCAGUCAAGCCCACCCCGCCGCCCCGCCAGACACACCUGGUGGUGGGGGCGGAGACCGAGCCCGACCCUGCUCUGCUCAGGAACACCGGCUCUAGGCCGGGACCACCGUUCCCAGAGCACCUGCCUUCGAAGAGCGGCCCUCACGGGGCGGAGCUGGGCGAGGCACCUCCCCCUCCUCCCCCGCCGCUGUCGGAGCCCCCGGACGACGGCAUCCCCACCGCGUAUCCCAGCCAUCGGCGCACGGGCGGCGUGGGCGGCAACGCAGACGCCCUGCCCAUCAAGGCGCGCCCGCUCACCAUCAAGAAGCAGCCCGUGUCGGAGCUGCCCAGGCUGAAGACGGGCGGUCUGGCGGGCACCGGCCCCAGCGGCGUCCACGUCACCAUCAACAGGAGGAUCGAGAUGCCUCCCGCCUUCUUCUUCCCCGAGACGGAGGCCCCGCCCGCCGACCUGGUGUCCUGCGGCGACCAGGGCUUCCCGUCUGGAGGGAUGUCUAACCAGAACUGCACAGAGCCCAGCGGAGGCAGCAAUGAUGAAGUUGACAGAGUGUCAAAUGAACAAGCAUUAUCAGCAGCUGAACUGGAAAACAACAACGUGCGAGGACCAGUAAUUGGAGAAGAGAGCAGUAAACCAAACAAAAAGGAUGAUGGGAAAAUGGAGAUGAUGGUUGAUUCAUUAAAUAACGUACACUCAAGUCAGGAUCACCAGUUUACAGACGCAGACAGCCCCAGUCCACAACUGGUGACCAGGCGGAGCUUGAAGAAGGGCAGCUUGAAGGGCGGGACGGGCAGCGGCAAGGCAGCCCCGCGGAGAGUGAGCUUCGACCCCUUGGCGCUGCUCCUGGAUGCGUCGCUGGAAGGCGAGCUCGAGCUGGUGCGCAAGACGGCGGGGCAGGUGGCCAACCCCAGUGCCGCCAACGACGAAGGCAUCACCGCGCUGCACAAUGCCAUCUGCGCCGGCCACCUGGACAUCGUCAUGUUCCUUGUCGAGUUUGGUUGCGACGUGAACGCCCAGGACAGCGAUGGGUGGACUCCGUUGCACUGUGCGGCUUCUUGCAACAACCUCGCGAUGGUGAAGUUCCUGGUGGAGCACGGAGCCUGUAUCUUCGCCACGACGCUGUCCGACCACGAGACUGCCGCCGAGAAGUGUGAGGAGGACGAGGAGGGCUUCGACGGCUGCUCCGAGUACCUUUACAGCGUCCAGGAGAAGCUGGGCAUCCUGAACGGCGGCGUGGUGUACGCAGUGUACGACUACGAGGCCCACAACUCGGACGAGCUGGGCUUCCGGGAGGGGGACCAGCUGGUGGUCCUGAGGAAGGGCGACGAGUGGGAGCGAGAGUGGUGGUGGUCGCGGCUCGAUGACCGGGAGGGAUAUGUGCCCCGCAACCUGCUGGGGCUGUAUCCUAGAGUCCAUCCAAGUAAGAAGUCAGAAUGACAGCUGCUGUGGUCCAGCUAGCAUCAGAACCUAGGGCAGAUGUUAAACUGGCUGUCGUCUCAUGGAUCCUGGGAUUACUAUUCAGGAUAAGCCGUGUGAAUGCAGCAUUCUGUGGAAACUCUUGUCACUUUUCCUUGUUUGUUUCUUAUCAUAGUCUAUCAUCAGAUAACAUAUGCAGCUAGAACUGUGUGUUCAAAUAUUGACCCAAUACUGUUCUGUAUCUUGGAAAUCAUCUUUAAAAAAAUUUUUCACAAAGAUUUUAAAAAACAUGUCAUGAUAAAUGUUUGAAGAGAAGCAAUCUGCUACUCCGGAGAAUAAAUUAAUAUAUAAAUAUGUGGCUUUUAGAACUAUCAAAGCUUUACCUAUUAUUGCAUUUCAAAAUGUACAUUUGCAACAUAUACAUGUAUAAUGUAAAUUGCUUGAAUAUUCUGAAAAAUGGAUUGUGUUAAAGAGUGUUAGAAAUUUUUGCUGAUGUUGUGAGAAUGUUUUUUUUUUUUUUUUGUUUUGUUUGUUAGAUUAAAGUUAACAUGUGGUUUGGAGUUAAAGGAAUGUGGUGAAUAUAAAUUAGUGCCUUAUAUUUUGGGCACUUAUGUAAAGUAUGUUUUGUGUACAAAUAAGAAAGUGGUCUGUAGAUAGUUACAAAUCCCAGACAAACUAUUUUACAAUUUAAAAUAAAACCAAGACAAUGGAAAAGUGAUACUAGCUGUGCUAGUCCAUUUUGGUGUAAAAAAUAAGAAUAUUGAAGUGUAUAGUAUAAAUAUAUAAACAAGAAAAAUUUAUAUUACAUACAUUUGUAAAUACUAUGCAGUCCUUGUUAUUUGAGUCAAUUGAUUUCUUAUGUCUUUAUUUUACUUUAUAUGGUGUAUUUUAAAAAGACAUUUUGGUAGUUUAUCUAUAUUGCAGAUUCAGUAGGACAUAAGCUUCAGAUCAUCAUAAAUUAUAUUGAAAUAAGAAUAACUUAUGUCCUUAUAAAAGAAUUAUAAAAUAACUAUAUAUUGCAAAAAAUAUUAUAGGUUCAUGUUUUAUGAUAUUGUUUUCAAACAUGUAAAGGGCUGUGUUGAAUGAUCUUAAUCUACCAGGUUGAUUCAAUUAUACACAUCUGUUCGUAGUCUUUGGGAUAAGGUAGUUAUUUUAGUAAAUCAUACAUGUACCUAAUAAUUAAAAGAAAUAUUAAAUUAAAUUUUAAAAUACAUACAUAUUUCAGAAUUAUGUACUGUUGUGAUUUUUACUCUUGCUAGAAUCAAAAUUAACCUAUUUCUAAUUUCAUUUCUUAUGUGAACCGGGGUUUGAUAUCCCCACUAAAGAUUGUUUCAUUAAGUAUUUUUUAGUUAAGACCACUUCUUGUGUAGGUAUUCAUAUGUGACCAACAUUUGAAAUGCUGGAAUGUUUCUAUUUUAGAGUGAAUUAUUUAGAAUGUAGAAACAUUGAUUAUGCAUAAGCACAUAAGUAAAAACUGUAGUAGGUAGUAUUCACGCAGCCCAAGAAUUAAAUUUUUGUGAUAGUUUUGAAAAAUGAAUGUGUGUAUCCUCUUCAAAAGUAGGUAUAUAACUGAAUGUUUCUGGUUAUUUUGCAACAUACAUAUUGAAAACAUAUCACUUAUAUCAGGCCUACAGCGUUCAGAGCUUUGCUAAUGUUCAUACAUGUCAGUAUUGCCUUAUACAGGCAAUGGUUUAUGUGCCUUACAGUUUGGCUUUGGUAUUUAAGUUGAAACACAGUUGUUUUGGUUUUGUUCUUUACUUCCAAGAAAUUCAUCUAGUAGAACCUUUAAAUAAACCAAGAUUGUACUUUAUUUGAUAAUGAAUUUAUAUUGUUGAAAUAAUUGCAACAAUACAUAUGUUAUUGGAAUAUUUAAAAGAAUAUGUGAUACCUGUAGCAGCUUUUACAUUGCAGAACAAAGGUUUAUAUUUGCUGGAACAUAUCGCAAGAGAGAGUCUGAACGCAUCAUGCAUUACAAUAUUUACUCAUACUUCACCUCACAAAAAAAAUGUAUUUUUGAAUCUCCUGAAAGUGUGGUAAGUCCUCACACAGUGAAUUUUGUACAUCAUAAGUACUUAAUUGUUGCAUUGUUUUAAAAUUAUUUUUAAUGGUUUGAAAAUUUUUAAUGAGACUGUGAUCUGGUACAAUAAAAAAAAAUGAAUUCCCUAAACUUGCCAAGUUUUU